AGCUUUGGCGUCUCCUGGCUUUCGGAGUGGUGGCAGGUGCUUCCUGAUAAGGGUAACAAGAUGGAAUUUACUGGAGCAAAGAGGAGGAGACUGAAGUUGACAGUCGAUCAGAGGAACGCUUACCCUCACUGCCUUCAGUUUUACCUGCAGCCACCUACUGAAAACAUAUCUCUGAUAGAGUUUGAAAACUUUGCUUUCGAUAGAGUUAAAUUGCUAAAAGCAGUUGAAAAUAUUGGUGUGAGCCAUGUGAAAGGACAUGAGUCAUACCAGAGCAAGCUGGAAGCUGAGAUUCGAAAGCUCAAGUUUUCUUACAGA